UUCUCAGUUUAAAACAACAGAAAAUCAUAGAAGAUCAGACGCACAAUCAAGCAUUUUUUUUUUCUGAAUAGAAUUUGUGGGAUUCUCUCAAAUUGUCAUUCUCUCAUUGUUAUCGAAACCAUCAUUUUAAAAGCGUAAUAUUGCCGAAGCACUCGAACAGCUACUAUGGAUUCACUUUCGGUAAAGGAAAUUUCUUGUCCAAUAUGCUGUGAAAUCUUUAAGUUGCCAGUUCUUCUAUCAUGCAGUCAUAGUUUCUGUAAAGAGUGUAUUCAGCAAUUCUGGAGAACCAAGAACUCUCGGGAGUGCCCUGUGUGCAGGAGAAGAUCCUCUAAAGACGAUCCUCCAAGUAAUCUUGUGUUAAAAAACUUGUGCGAGUUGUUCGAGAAGGGGAGAAGUCAUGAGAGCUGUUCUUCAUCCGGGACCGAGGAAUUCUGCGGUUUACACAAUGAGCGACUCAAACUCUUCUGUCUGGAGGACAAACAGCCUGUGUGUUUAGUGUGCAGAGAUUCAGAGAAGCACAUCAGUCACACAUUCAGACCCAUCAGUGAAGUCAUUUCAUCAUGUAAGGUGGAGUUAGACUUGUUACAAGAGAAGCUUAAACACAGGGAGAAGAUUAAAGUACAGUGUGAGAAAACACUUCAACACAUCAAGUCUCAAGCCGAGCACACAGAGCAUCAGAUUAAAUUGAAGUUUGAGAAGCUUCAUCAGUUUCUCCAAGUCGAAGAGGAAAUUGCAAUGACUGCACUGAGAAAAGAAAAGGAGCAGAAGAACCAGAGGAUGAAGGAGAAGCUUGAGGGGAUAAACGGACACAUCUCAGCUCUUUCACACACUAUCAGAGACUUGGAGGAGAUGAUGAAUGCCAAUGAAGUCUUGUUUCUUAAGGUCUCAUUUCACAUAAUUGAUUCCGUCAUUGGUCAUUUGAUUUGUCAUAUACUAAAUUGUCUGUUUCCUCUGCAGAAUUUUCCAGUCAGAAUGGAAAGGGUCCAGAGCUCACUGUCUGAUCCACAAGUGACUCCUGGAUCUUUGAUUCAUGUGGCACAACACUUGGGCAACCUGCCAUUCAGAGUCUGGAAGAAGAUGCAAGACAUUGUCCACAACACUCCUGUGAUCCUGGAUCCAAACACGGCUCAUCCAGACCUACUCUUGUCUAAUGAUCUGACCAGUCUGAGAUGCAGCACUGACAGUGGAGAUCUUCCCGAUAAUCCAGAGAGGUUUGAUGAGCAUUCGUGUGUUCUGGGCUCUGAGGGUUUUAGCUCAGGAACUCACUGCUGGGAUGUGGAGGUAAAGGAGAGCUCGUCCUGGGGUCUGGGGGUGACUACAGCCUCAAAUCAGAGGAAGGGUUGUGAUUUCUUUGACUCUGGUGUGUGGAGUGUGCAGUACAGACUGUUUGAAGAGUCUGGUUUUCCAGUUGGGCAGAACCUGGAGCGGGUGAGGGUUCAGCUGGACUAUGACAAAGGAAGGGUGUCAUUCUCUGACCCUGUAACUAACACACAUAUACACACAUUCACAACCACCUUCACCGAGACAGUCUUUCCAUUCUUAUACAGCUUUACCCAUCUCUGGAUCUUACCCAAUUCCUUGUAAAAAUUAUACCUAUGAACAGUAGUGUGUUUAUCACUCUAGGAUCUGCUAUGAACUGCUGUUUGCAGAAUGGACACAACCACAGAUCAGUACACUCACUGAUCCACAGAUCUAUAGACUUUUUUCGUAGAACGCAAAAUUACCCAUAAAGGUUUGCGUGUAUGCAUAAGGAGGAUGCUCUGAACUUCCGUUUGAGAGCUUGAUGCUUAUAAAUAGUCAUGUUUGGACAUCUUUGAAAUGAUUUUAAUCGACUCCAAAUCAGAAAAAGUUAGAACAGUGUGGGGAAACACAAAUAAAAAAAGGAGUAGUGAUUUCUAAAUUUACUUUGACUUGUAUUUCAUUGCAGACAAUUUGAACACUAAAUAUUUUCUGUUUUCUCUGGUCAACUUCAUUUCAUUUGUAAAUAUACAUUCUUUCCUGUCAUUCAGACCUGCAACACAUUCCAAAAAAGUUAGGACAGGAGCAGUUCAGGGCUAGUAAUCGGGUAAAUUGGUUAUUAAAUUGGUAAAACAAUGAUGUGAUUUGAAACAGGUGAUGUCAACAGGUGAUUGUAAUUAUGAUUUGGUACAAAAGCAGCAUCCUGGAAAGAUCUAGUCCUUUAGAAGCAAAGACGGGCAGAGGAUCACCAGUUUGCCAUCGACUUCUCUGAGACAUCUGGGAUGGACCAUCACACAGUGCAAAUGUGUACUGUGGUCAGAUGAAUCAGUAUUUCAGGAAUUUUUUUAGGAGAAAUGUGCUCUGGACCAAAGAAGGAUCAUCCAGACUGUUAACAGCAACAAGUUCAAAAGCCAGGGUCUGUCAUGGCAUGGGUUUGUGUCAGUGCAAAAGGUUGGCAGUUGGCAAAGGUAACUUUGCACUUCUGUGAUUUCAGAGAUUUUGGAGCACAAUAUGAUGCCUUCUUUUCCAGGGACACCCAUGCAUGUUUGCAAAACCACGGUCUGCACACAUUACAAAGUCCUGGCUGCGGAGGAAGAAGAUACAAGUACUUGACUAGCCUGCCUGCAGUCCCGACCUGUCUCCAAUAGAGAAUGUGUGGUGCAUUUUGAAGCGCAAAAUGCAACAACGAAGACUCCAUACUGUUGCCCACCUUAACUUGUUUACAGGAAGAAUGGGACAAAGUUACACUUGAAACACUUCAGUCUUCAGACCCUAAACAUCUUUUAAGUGUUGUGAAAAGAAUGGCAACAUUACAAAAUGGUAAAAGCUUUACUGUUCCAACUUUUUUUUUGAAAAAUGUGUUGCAAGAACCAAACUUGAAAUAAAUUAAACAUUAAAAUGUGCUGUUGUUUUGUCUGCAAUGACAUACAAGUCUAAGAAAAUGUAGAAAUUGAUUUAAAAAUUGUGACGUUAUGGGAAUGAAAAACUAUUGCUGCAAGCCAUUGCAUUGGCAUCUUGGAGCAUCGUCAUCGCUAAAGUUAACAUUUUCUCAUUAUUUUCAAAUAUAUAACCAUUCAUUCAGUUUCUUUUCGGCUUAGUCCGUUUAUUAAUCUGGGGUCGCCACAGCGGAAUGAACCGCCAACUUAUCCAGCACGUUUUUACACAGCGGAUACCCUUCCAGCCGGAACCAAUAUCUGGGAAACAUCCACACACACUCAUACACUAUGGACAAUUUAGCUUACCCAAUUCACCUGUACCGCAUGUCUUCGGACUGUGGGGGAAACGGAGCACCUGGAGGAAACCCACGCGAAUUCGGGGAGAACAUGCAAACUCCACACAGAAACGCCAACUGACCCAGCUCGAACCAGCGACCUUCUUGCUGUGAGGCGACAGCACUACCUACUGUGCCACUACGUCGCAAUAUAUAACCAAUCCAAAAAAAUGUAAUUCACCAAAAUGU